AGCUCUCCUUCCCGUCCUCGUCCUCCUCCCACCAACUGUCAAGUCUCCACCUCGUACUUCUACAGAAGUCACACACAGACGUUCACUCUUCUGGCUCCGCGGAGCUGGGAAUCUAACAUCCUGUUUCCUGCAAACUAAGGCAUCAAUGCAACUGAGGCAACAUGGACGAACUGCGGCAAAUUGACCUGACUUACAUCACGGAGCGGAUCAUCACCGUACUCUGUCCUCCCAGCGGCCCGGAGGACGUCUACCUGCAGAACCUGAAGGAGAUCGUUCAGAUGCUGCAGUCCAAGCAUGGACACAACUACAUGCUCAUCAACCUCUCCCAGAAACACGAUGCUCUGAGCCGAAUGAACCACAAGGUUUUAGACACGGGGUGGCUGGAUCGCUUGGCCCCCAGCUUGGAUCAAAUCUUCUACGUGUGCACGACGAUGGAGAACUGGUUGCAGUCUAACCCGAAGCACAUGCUGGUGUUACACUGCAGGGGAGGUAAAGGCCGGCUCGGAGUCUUAGUGGCAUCUUACAUCCACUUCAGCAACAUUUCGGCCAGUGCAGACCUCUCUCUCGACCAUUUCGCCAUGAGGAAGUUCUACACCGACAAGCUGUCCUCCCUGAUGACGCCGUCGCAGAAACGGUAUGUGUGGAUGCUGGGCAGCAUGUUGAAACGAGGACUGAGGAUGUCUCCCUCUCCGUCGUUCCUCCUCUGUGUCGUUCUUCACGGUCUCCCCAAACUGAGACCAGAUGGAGGGUGCUGCCUCUUCCUGAGGGUCUACCAGAACAUGCAAGCUGUUUACACGUCACCAGUCUACUGUGCCAACGCCGCUCAGACAGACCGACUCUACUUCGUGCUGAAGCCAGCUCAGCUGCUCAAAGGCGACAUCAUGGUGGUUUGUUACCAUAAAAUCCUGGGCUCGGGCAGCCGGCAGGUCGUGCUGCGUCUGCAGCUGCACUCGGGCCUCGUGGUCGGACACUCCCUCUCGUUCUCCAAGGCGGACCUUGACUGCGCCAGCGAAGAUCCCUCGUUCCCAGACGAUGGAAAGCUGGAGCUGCUGUUCUCCGAGAGCCCUGAGAAGAUAACAGGCAGGGAGCUGUGGCACAACGGCUUCUUCGUGACGGUGGACUACGACACCUCGGAGCCGCUGGUCCGGCGGGAUUCCUACCAGGAUCUGUCUCAGGAUCCGUCUCAGGAUCCGUCUCAGCAUCCGUCUCAGCACCAAACAGCAGCCUCAGAGGCGGAGAGGACGGCGGUGGGACCGGGAGCCGGGAGAGAAGCUGCUCAUCCUCCUCUCUCUCUCUCUCUUUCUCUCUUUCCUUCUGCUCGUCAUCUGUUUCUCUUUUCCUCUCUUCCCCCCCGACUCCCGAGGGAAGCUUCGGCACGGCAUCCUGUUUCUCCAGUGAAAGUUUCAGCUGCUGGAAAAGUAAGCUGUUGUGUUGUUCAGCUGACGGGUGAUGAUGUUCCUCCUGCCCGCCGUCCGUCCGUCCGUCCAUCGCCGAGCGAGCUGGGAGGUUUACGCACGUCUGGACCUGGAGAUGGAAGUGUGUACGCCCGAGUGAGGAAGAGGAGCAGUGAGGAAGGAGCGUCCUCCCCCAGCAGCGACUCGGGCCUGUCGGUGGCCUCGCAGGGCCGGACCACCGCCGGGCAGAGGGCGGGGGCCGCGCCGGACCAGAGCCCCCAGGAGAGGAUCCCCGGGGUGGACCUGGAUCCUCCUCCGGGGGUCAUGACUGACCUGGCUCCGCCCGCCGGAGGGGAGAUGGCCGGACUGCAUCAGCGCGGCGUCAACGGCGAGAGGGAGACGGACAUCCUGGACGACGAGGACGACACGGGUCCGUCCAGCAGCGGCUGCUCGCUCUCCUCCGAGAACCUCCCUGAGGCUCAGAGGUCGGAGCACACGGAGUACUCCACCCACUCCUGGGUGCGUCACCAGCAGACGGUGGAUGUCAGGGACGGAGAGAGCAGGCCGGCCGGGAAACGGAGGCCGCCGCCGCUGGUCGUUCCUGACACGCCGCCUCGAGGACUCAGCAGCAGGGCGGCGGUGCAGAGAGCCCCGGGGGAUGAACACGACGUCACAGAUAACUCCUCGUCCUGUCAGGAGGAGGAGCUGGCGUCGCUGGCUACGGACAUCGACGAGUCCCUGGAGCAGCUGAACCAGAUCAUCCUGGAUCUGGACCCGACUUUUAUCCCCGUCCCGACCCGCUGUUCCCCGCUGUCGCGCACCGCCUCCCUGCAGGCCAACGGCUUCAGCCACAAAGGGAGUCCCCACCUGCCAGACUGGAAGCAGCACCAGCAGGUCAGCGAUGACUACGCCGGUCCCCGGAGCCCGGGACAAGGCGGCCGACCCCCGAGGGCCGGAGGCUCCCCGGCGUCUCCACAGCAUGGGCUUCUCACCAAGACCAACAGCGUGGACCAUUACAGCCAAGUCCACGCCUCACGCAUCGUCCUCUCUACCCCAGCCUUCCCAGUGUCUCCCCCGACGCCCUACGUGAAAAACUUCUCUGAGCUUUCCGGGCUCAGGACAGGGGGGCAGUGGGACCAGAGCUGGACACAAGAUUCCCGCGGUUUCCUGGAUGGCAUGAACCACGCCGGCGGCUCCGCGGACGGAGAUCUGUUCAGAUCGGAGGUUCCCGCCACUCCGGCCUCCUGUCAGAGGAUCUUCGGCUCCAUGUGCUCGGUGUCGUCCGGCAGCCCGCUCCCACACACAGAUAGCUCCACUCCUCCUCCCGUUUGGCACGACAGGACCCCAAACUCCCAGAACUCCCCGUACCCCCCCCAGCCCUCGCCCCCGUUCCCCCCCAGGACUCCCAAUGCCCACAGUUCUCCGCGAGACCCUGUGAAGGGCCUGGGGGGCCUGGGGGGCCUGGGCGGGAGCCCCGGGGUCCGCCGGGGGACCGACGCCACUGACUUCUCCUCGUUGCUGGGGAACGGCGACCUGGAGCACAGCCUGCUGGAGGCCAUGGAGGGCCUGGGGAGCCUGAACCUGGGGCUGGACGGGAGGCUGGACCUGGGGGUCGCCCCGCUGCUGCCUGAGAAGAGACGGGUGAUGGAGGGGGGGGACGUCGGCUCGCGCUCCCCCUCCUUGAGCGGCUUCUCCAGCCCUUACAGCGGCAGCAGCAUCAGCAUCCCCUUCUCGUCCUCGCUGUCCCUCGACCCGCUCCGAGGACUCAGCGGCGCCUCGUCGCCCGGAGCAGACUCUGGCAGCAAGCAGGACACUGUGAAGUUUGUUCAAGACACCUCCAAGUUCUGGUACAAGCCCGACAUUUCCAGAGACCAGGCCAUCGCCGUGCUGAAGGACAAGGAGCCGGGCGCCUUCGUCGUCAGAGACAGCCACUCCUUCCGCGGGGCGUACGGCCUGGCCAUGAAGGUGGCCACGCCCCCGCCGUCCGUGGUGCAGCAGAGCAAAAAAGUGGGAGAUCUGUCCAACGAGCUGGUGAGACACUUCCUGAUCGAGUGCACGCAGAAGGGCGUCCGACUGAAGGGAUGCCCCAACGAGCCGUACUUCGGAAGUCUGACGGCUCUGGUGUGCCAGCACUCCAUCACGCCUCUGGCUCUGCCCUGUAAACUCAUCCUGCCUGACCGAGAUCCGACGGAGGAGCUGAGCGACUCGUCGCCGCAGACUUCCACCAACUCGGCGGCCGACCUCCUCAAGCAGGGAGCAGCGUGCAACGUGUGGUUCCUGGGCUCUGUGGAGCUGGAGUCCCUGACGGGCCACCAGGCCGUCCAGAAGGCCGCCACGCUGACGCUGUCGGCCGACCCGCCGCCGGCCUCCACCGUCGUCCACUUCAAGGUGUCGGCUCAGGGGAUCACGCUCACCGACAACCAGAGGAAGUUGUUCUUCAGGAGACAUUACGCCGUUAACACGGUCAUAUUCUGCUCUCUGGACCCGAAGGAGAGGAAGUGGACGAGAGACAGUGGCUCCACUGCAAAGAUCUUUGGAUUCGUCGCCAGAAAAUCUCAGAGUGACACUGAAAAUGUGUGCCAUCUUUUUGCCGAGCACGACCCCGAGCAGCCAGCAAGCGCCAUCGUCAACUUCGUCUCAAAGGUCAUGAUUGGGUCGCACAAGAAGUGAAGAGACGAGGACGAGGACGAAGACGAAGACGAAGACGGGCACUGCAGCUUAAAGAACCUGGACCAGGGAUCAAAUCCCUCAAUGCCUCAAAUAAAAACACUUAAAUGUGGAGGAAUAAAAGAGAAAUCCCUUCAUGCGGUGAACUCUGUUUUGGCUGCAGUGCCGGAUCCUGCCGCUAGAGGGAGCCAAGACUGAUAUUGAGAUCAGCAGGAAACUGAAACCUGUGGAGUUUUGUUUUUCUUUCUGUUCAUUUAAAGGAAAACUUAAAAACCCACAAACCUUCUCACAUAAAAGAAAGAAGUUUUUUUUUUGGUCACAUUUCUUUGUUCUUAUCCACAGGGACUUUAUAACACCUUUAUUGCUAACUGAAGGAACAUUCAGUAUUUUGCAAAUGAACAGAUUUAUUUGUAAUUACCAUUAUUAAGACCAGUUUUUAUUGGUUACAGUGAGUUAAUCUGGUUCCGGCACCAGAAUCAACAGGCAACACUGUUAUACUACAGCAAAGUCAGUACAACUUUGAGACGAUAAAGAGGUCGCCCCGUAUUUAAGAUGGAAUUAUCAAGUAUUGCAAUAUUUCUUUACUGAUGAGUAAACGUCUCUUUUUCCAAAAUAUACAAGCCAUAUAUUUUUGUAUAUUAACAGAUAAAAGGAAAUGCAUGUUGUUAUGGAAGAAAAUGAUGAACUUUCAGAUAACAGCUUCUGCAUCUUUAUCAUUAUAUUUACUUGUUUUGCUAAUGUGAUGUCAAUAUGUUCUUUACCAUAAAUACAGAUUUGUGUACA